ACUCCACUGUGACACACCAGACUAUCUGUGCCAGUGUCGAAGAAAUCAAUCGAUCAAUAUAUAGCACUUUAUCUGCUGUGCCGGAUAUCACUGGCCCGAGGUUGAAAGGGUGUCACAAGAAGCCACGCAGUCACGGGUGGCCGGGACCAGAACAUCCAAAAACAAAAGAGCGACGGACCGUAGCUAAAUAGCAUUGCGCUGCCAUCUGGCCGCGAUGAGUGAUAUAGUGGAAUCGGACGGCACAUCAGAUCUCGAAGAUCAGGCACAGGCCUGGGACAGUGACCAGCGAUCUGCGCAAGGUCCUGUCUCCGAAUACGACCCAAAUCCACGGCCACAGAAUGAAUGUGCUGUCGGCCAUCGAGUCAAGGCUAGUCGCUCUGUCUUAGCUCUUGUGCUCGAUGAAGAAAGUGUCUUUGCAGGCCUCCAAGGGGGCGAUAUCCUUGCUUGGUCAUUGGAGACAUACGACUUGGUGCUUUCCGUGCAUGCCCACAAGGAGAGUGUCCUUGGGCUCCACCUAUCCGAAGACAGAGAAUUGUUGUUCUCCAGUGGAGGAGACUCCGUGGUCAAUGUCUGGUCUACGAGGACGUUUGAGCGCCUUUAUUCGAUUUACUCACAUCAUGAUGUGGGUGAUAUCUUCGCCGUAGUUUACUCGUCAGACUUGAAGACUGUCUACUGCGGCGGUCAAGAUACUAGCCUCCAGUGGUGCAAUCUAUCACAAACAGAAGCGAACCAGGUGCUGGCUCCAGCCGCUCACCCGUCAAACAGAGCCCACAGAUUCUUCGACUCUCGAGGCCCUGAUGGUGCGGUGACUCCCCGUCCAGAUGCAAGUCCUGGAGGCGCUCAUUCAGUCAGUCACGGCGGAAAGGUUUUGACUUUCAGGAGAGAUCAGCACAAGCGAUUCUCCCAUCAUGGCUACGUCUAUUCCAUGCUUCUUGUCAGAGGACUAGUAGAGUCCGCGCCGUCAGAGGAGGUUCUGCUGACUGGCUCUGGUGACGGCUCCGUCAAGCUGUGGCACCUGGGCCAGGGCUCGGAUGGUGCGCCAGUUCAGUUUGCCAAACUACAGAAUGGUAGUGACGCUGUUCUGUCAAUAGCUGUGGAAGGCUCGUUUCUCUACUGUGGUCUUGCAGGAGGCAUUUUGAACAUUUGGAAUCUGGAUUCCCACCAGCUGGUGAAGCGCAUCGCGAAGCAGAGCGGAGAUCUAUGGGCUGUUGAUAUCAUCAAGGGAAUCACUAUUAGUGGUGACUCAAAUGGCAUAGUCAAGAAAUUUAACUCCAAAUUUGAAGAGAUCGGGUGUUGGGUGGCACACGAAGGGACGAUGCUCGCUUCCGCUGCCGGUGUCUUUAAAGACAGGCGUAUUUACGCCACUGGUGGAAAUGACAACACUGUGGCUAUCUGGGACUUGACCGACCAUCCCGUUGAUGAGGUAGAACUGGCCCCAAUCAGCAACGAUGAAAUGGUCAACAGCUUGGCAAAAUUUGUAUCCUUUAAGACGAUCUCAUCUAGUCCAAAGUUCGCGGGAGAGUGCAACCAAGGCGCAGCAUUCCUCCGGCGUCACUGCAACUACCUGGGGGCCAAGACGAAACUCCUGGCCUCGGGGAAGGACACUAAUCCUGUCGUCUAUGCGAGAUUCAGUGCUACUUCGCCACAGCCCGUACACAAGACGGUUCUUUUCUAUGGUCAUUACGAUGUUGUCGGGGCUGAUACGAAUCGGCCGAAGUGGAGGUCGGAUCCCUUCCAGCUGUCUUCAAUCAACGGCUUCUUAUAUGGUCGAGGUGUCUCUGACAACAAAGGGCCUAUUCUAGCGGCCUUGUAUGGAGCCGCUGAUCUAGCACGGCAAAAGAGUCUUGGCUGCGAUGUUGUCUUCCUUAUCGAGGGAGAAGAAGAAUCGGGCUCGCAAGGGUUCCAAGAAACUGUGCGGAAACACAAGUCAUUAAUCGGGAGUGUUGAUUGGAUCUUGCUCGCCAACAGUUACUGGAUUGAUGACUACACACCAUGUCUCACCUACGGACUGCGAGGCGUCGUCCACGCAAACUUGAUUGUCACAAGCGACCAUCCUGACCUGCACAGUGGUAUUGAUGGUAGUUCUCUCCUGGAUGAGCCGUUGAAGGAUUUGACAAUCCUCCUCAGUACUCUUGUCGGACCUAAAGGCCGGAUCAACAUUCCUGGAUUCCAUGAUCCUGUGCUGCCUCUCACCGAGAUUGAGAAGCAGCGCUACGAUGCAAUUGCGGAGGCACUGCUACCGAACCACCCUGAGAUCCCUGAUAGCCAGGCCUUCACAAAAUCACUCAUGCAUCGCUGGCGGGAGCCAUCUCUGACUAUCCACUCUGUCGAUGUUCCUGGCAACAAGAGUGCAACAACAACGAUUUCGCGCAAGGCGAAAGCGAGCUUGUCGAUCCGUAUUGUCCCUAAUCAAGACGCUGAUCAGGUAGCGGCAAGCUUGACUGCCUAUGCACAAGAGCAAUUUGCUCUUCUGGACUCUCAGAAUGAUCUCACUGUCGAAAUAACAGGGAAAUCGGACCCUUGGCUGGGUGACCCUGACAACGAGAUAUUUGAGACCUUAUCGGAGGCCAUUACGGCCGCGUGGACACCUGACCACGACAACAAAAAGCACAACUAUCCUCCUCUCGAGCGUGGCCGUGCUGCUCGAGCUGGUGGUAGCGAAUUGCUGCGGACCGAUUCAUCCGACAGCAUUGCGUCUCAUAUUGACCGCAUCAUCUAUUCAACCACGACCUCAUCUGCAGGGAAGGAGGCCUCGAGGAAACAAUCCACCUCUGGUGCCACUAUUCCCACUUCGUCGACUCUCGCCAGUAAUUCCAACGGCGCCUCUACAUCACUAGCUGAGAGCCAAGUAUCCAAUGGUCAUAGUCUUGAUACGCAUCGGAAAGCGGACCCUGCCGUAUCUGCUCGUGCUCCAGUCAAACCCAUCUACAUCCGCGAGGGAGGAUCCAUCCCUACUAUACGAUUUCUAGAAAAAGAAUUUGGAGCACCCGCAGCACAUAUGCCCUGUGGUCAAGCAAGUGACCAUGCUCACCUUGACAAUGAGCGACUGCGUGUGGAGAAUCUGUACAAGAGCCGUGAGAUUUUCCGCUCGGUGUUUGCAAAAUUACCAACCAAAUCAGCUGGACCGAGUUCAUAAGCUAUCUAAUUGGCGUUCGGGAGAGGGGGGGAGGGAUGUGGGGGAAGUAUGUAAGGGUGUACU